GAAAGUAAAUAAUACUUAACCAUUUGUACACCUCUUUUUAUUUUACAAAAUUGAUCAAAUGGAGUCCCUUUCUCCAAUGAGAAGUCCUCCAGGUUCUUCUUCCCAUGCUGGCUUCCCAAUUAUAGUUAUCGCAAUCAUCGGUAUCGUAGCUACUGGUUUAUUGCUAGUUAGUUACUACAUUUUUGUAAUCAAAUGUUGUUUGAAUUGGCAUAGAAUUGAUCUUUUGAGACGAUUUUCUUUCUCUAGAAGGCAGAGUACUGUGGUAGACCCCUCAACGGUUUACUCCCCUGCACUGGAAAAUCGGGGACUAGAGGAAUCUGUGAUUAGAUCAAUCCCGAUUUUCCAGUACAAGAAAAGGGAAGGAAAAGAUGCAAUCAUUGAGGAGAGAACUAGAAGUUCUUGUGAAUGUGCUGUUUGUUUGAAUGAUUUUCAAGAUAACGAGAAGCUUAGAAUAAUUCCAAGCUGUGCUCAUAUUUUCCAUAUUGAUUGUAUUGAUGUUUGGCUUCAAAAAAAUGCAAAUUGUCCACUUUGCAGAACUAACAUCUCAUCGACUAAAAUCCCUUAUCCAAAUGAUAAUUUCACAGGCAGAGAUGAAGACUAUGUUGUCAUAGAAAUAGCAGAAAACAAUCCAACAUUAAUAUCCGGGCAUAGAAAUAAUGGUUCAAGAAAUUUGAUCUCAAGCAUGGGGGAUGAGUGCAUUGACAUAAGAAAAAAAGACGAAGAUUUUGCAGUCCAACACAUUAGGAGAUCAUUCUCUAUGGAUUCAGCUGCUGACAGACAACUUUAUUUGACAGUUCAACAGAUUGUACCGCAGCAAAGACAAGUUCCUGAUGUUAGUCCUUGUGAAAGUAGCAGUGCCAGAGUCAUCAAGAGAUCAUUUUUCUCUUUUGGGCAUGGAAGGGGUUCAAGAAAUGCAGUUCUACCAAUUCAUUGGGAGCCAUAGUGACGUAGAAAAGGGCAGCUCGAUACAGUAAAUUCCCCAUUGUGCGCGAGGUACAAGGAAGUGUUAUACAACAUUUGGUCUUUUUACAUGAUCCUACCUUGUAUUUUUGUAAGCGGUUAUAUUCAUAGCUUGAAUCUGUGGUUACAAGUAUACAGUUGUAUUAAGACUCCCUUUCAUUUAAUUAGUUUCAUAGUAUCUUAAUUAAGUAUUCUGUUGGUAUAGAA